AUGGGCGGGAAAUGGGGCGCGAUCUCGAAGCUGCACGCGUUCCCCAAGGCGGAGGACCACCUCACGCAGAAGACGCUGUCGGGUGCCAUCGUGACUUUGCUGGGCGUCGCAAUUAUGGUGGUGCUGUUCGCCCACGAGCUCUCCUUCGUGCUCACGCCCGAGGUGCAUGAGGAGAUGGCAGUGGACAAGACACCAAGGGACGAGAAGCUCGACGUGUAUCUCAACAUCUCCUUCCCCUCGCUGCCCUGCAACGUGAUCAGUCUCGAUGCUCUGGACAUGUCUGGCAACCAUGAGGUGGACAUCGCAACCAACAUGUACAAGAUUCGUCUGGACCGCCAUGGGCGGUUGGCAGACUCGCGGUGGCUCAAGGACCCCACGGGGGCAUGGCGGCACAGCAAGAGCACCAAGCGCAAAGGGCACACACACGGGAAAUCCCCCACGCCCCACCAUGGGCACGGGCACGCGCACGGGUACGGGCAGGCACACGUGGCAGGGAACCAGAAGGGGAAGGCGGGCGAGGAGGAGGACGAGGAGGAGGAGGAGGAGGAGGAGGAGGAGGAGGAGGAGGAGGAGGGGGAGGGGGACAAGGUGAUGGGGCUGGAGCAGACGGUGCUGGACGUUCAGAAGGCCAUGGCUGCAGGGGAGGGGUGCCAGCUGUACGGCCAUCUGUCAGUGGAGAGGGUGGCAGGCAACUUCCACGUCUCCGUGCACGGCCAAUCCUACCUCGUGCUGCAGCAGGUGUUCUCCUCAGUGGGCGAUGUGAACGUGUCUCACAUCAUCCACUCCCUCGGUUUCGGAGUGCCCUAUCCCGGGCGGCUCAACCCUCUGGACGGAUUUGUCCGCAUCCUGCCGCCCCUCAAGGAGGGGGAAGACCCUGCCAGAUCCAGUGGCACCUUCAAGUACUUCCUCAAGGUGGUGCCGACUCGCUUCCGCUUCUGGCACGGGGGCAUUGUGAAGACCAACCAGUACUCCAUCAGUGAAUACUUCACUCCCUCCUCGCCACAGUCCAACGCACUGCCAGCGGUCUACUUCCUCUACGACCUGUCGCCCAUAGCAGUGAGCAUCACGGAGUCGCACCGCAGCUUCUUCCACUUCCUCACGCGCCUCUGCGCCGUGCUGGGCGGCACCUUCGCCCUCACAGGCAUGCUGGAUCGUUGGGUGUACAGCCUGCUGCAGCUCAUCAACCGCCCUCACCAUGCCUAUGCGAAAGCCGCUCGCCUGCACUAG